UCACUCAUUAUGAGCAAUUCUUAAUCUUUGAAGUUUCAGAUACAAACCAAUAGAACAAUGUUUUGUUUUUUGUUCGGAUGGAGAAAAACCUCCAAGUGUAAGAGUGUAGUGAAACAGCUUCAAUGUCGUCUAAAGCUACUCAAGAACAAGAAAUACGCCAUUUCUUCACAUUUACGAAACGAUAUAGCUCAGUUACUACGUAUUGGUGAACGAGACCGUGCUCUUCAUCGUGCUCAACAACUCUUCCUUGAUGAGAGCUUAAUGUCUCUCUACCACUUGUUGCUUCACUUCUCCGACAUUAUCCUCUUCAACCUCUCUUACAUUCGAAGACAUAGAGACCUUCCUAAUGGCAUCAACGAAGCUGUUUCAACACUUGUCUUUGCCUCUGCUAGAUGUGGAGACUUGCCUGAGCUACGAGCCUUGAGGAUUCUUUUUGGUGAUCGUUAUGGGAAACACUUUGUGGACACGGCUCUUAAUCUCCUGCCUUGUAAUCGUGUCAACCCUCAGGUUAUAGAGAAACUCUCCAUAAUCACAGUAUCGGAUGAUGCCAAGUCCAAACUAUUAGGUGAAAUAGCGGAAGAGUACAAUCUUCGUUUAGAAGUUUUGGCGCUCGAAUAUACUCCAGAAUUUCACAAACAGGUAAAAGAAAGCGAGUAUGUAGAAGAAGAGAAAGAAGUCAUGGGUACCGAUUCUGCUCAGCCGUGUGCAUCACAAAAGGCUGAUAGCGAAACAGAAGUGUAUAAGUUUACUCUCACGGAUGCGGAUACAGAGGAAAAACAAGCGCAACAAAGUCGUAGUAAAGCAUUAAGUGAUGAGGAUGAUUGCAUAGAGGAAGAAGUGGUGGAAAAAGAUCAGAGUGUAUUCAGAUUCAUAGAGACUGAAGAAGAGAAAAAAGAGAGAAAGAGGUCAAGGAGAAAAUCAAGAUCAUCAUCAUCAUCAUCAAGUAGUCCAAUUGCGAAAGACGUGGAAUGUUGGAGGUACUACUACAAGGGAAAGAGAAGUCGUCAAAAGAAAGAGUGUGGUAAAUGUUACCAUAUAGUGUACAACGUGUUUACAAUGUUUCCGGAUCAAAAGGAAAGCGAAGAAGGCGAAAGAAGUUUGAAGAAAGCUAUGCAUGUUCAUCUUAAGCUUCCCGACUAUGAUCAGAUUGUUGCUCACUUUACUGCUCUUAGGAAACAACAACAACAACAACAACAAAAACAUAUGCGUUCACGAUAAUUUGGUACUCUCAUUCUUUCAUAUGUCUGGUUUAGGAUACAAACAAAAAUAUCUUAAUUUUUGCAAA